AUGGGUACGGAUUACAAUGUCCAGGAUUCAGACCGAGUGACAGACUAACAGCAGCAUUAGCAGACACGCAUCGCGUGAACUACAUGAUGCGCCUUGCAGAAGGCAAUUUCGCUCCACACCUGAGACCCCGUGUUGGCUCCGGCUUCCACGACGAAGAGCUUGACUACGAUGAGUCCCGCAUUUCGGAAUAUGAAGACUCUGAGAACGAGUCACACGGAUUGGAUGCAAGAAAGACCUCCGCAGAGCCGUCGAUCCUCACCCGGAGAGGCACAUUAAACAACAACGAGACCACCUCUCGAGAGGUGGAUCCCCCACGUCGACCAACACGCAGAUCAGCCCGAGCGCGGACACGAGAAGCCAAGUCACCACAAGUCACUGCAGCAAAGCAAAAGCUAUUUGGAAUGGUGGACGACGACCAAGAUGAUGAGGAGCCAGCGCCACCGAACCCCAAGCAGGAGGAUGAGGCGCAAGCUCCAACAUUAGCUCGGAUAGGAACGAAUUCGAGCAUGCGUGAAGUAAGUGCUGCAGAAGUGGGGACAUCGGCACAGGGAAAAGCAAAGGAGAGAGCACGUUUGAGUCGGCAGCUGGAGGAUAUCGAGAUAGAAGAGAGAGAGCUGGAGCUCAAGAAGAGGAAGAGGGAUCUGCAGCGCCGGAUGAUGGAGUUGGACGAGGAGUAG